GUCUUGCCCCACCCAGUGUCCCUCAUAUCAAAUCACUUACUCUAUAAAUAUUUCACCACUUGGCUUCAUCCCACGCAUAUGGUCAUUUCUAACAAACCUGUUUUUGCUUUUCAAUCACUACAAGUAAAAACUCUUUCAACUGUUCAUCAUAAACACAAUGAAAUUCCUAGUACCAUAUCAACCAUGAAACCCACCUGCAAGAGAAUCCUCUUCUCCCGUUGACACUCAACUCAGUGUUCCAAUUCCCAAUCCCAAUCCCAAUCCCUUGUAGAAUCUUAAGCGCCUCUCCUUUUCUAAUUUAGGCUCAAAUACGAAUUUCUGAAAAUUUCACGGUUUCUACGGCUGACUGAGUUGACUGCUUGGACAGGGCAUCUGGAGAUGGGCAACGCUCCAUUGGGUAGUGCAGGACACGAAGAUAUUGAAGAACCACUACUAAGGAAUAAAGAGUUGGAAGAUGAUAACUGGCAUAAUGCCGAUGAUGAAGAAUCUCCUCUGUUCAGGGCUGUGGAUAGAGAGCGUUACCAAGUUGCUCUGCUUAUCCUAGAAAAGAUAGAGGGCAACCCUGAUACAAAAUUCUACUCGCGGGGAAGGAAAGGCAUGAAUGUCUUGCAUGCAGCUGUCAUUCGCACGCAGAAAAGCAAUCUGUUUAAAAGCAAAGAUACUCUGGGAACUAUUUCGUUUCUUACUUCGUCCCUGGUAAAUGCUACUAUGAACUUGUCAGAGAGAAUUUAUCUCAAGAAGCGCCUUCCCAUAAUAGAUUACCAAUCAUAUAAAGUCCACAUCACAAGAGAAGAAUUUGUGGAAAAAAUUUCAAAACAAUUUCCAGAUGCAAUUUGGGAAGCGGAUAAUGACUUUGGCUGGACUCCUCUUCAUUAUGCUGCACUCUUCAACGAUAAAGAACUUGUCAAACUAUUCUUAAAAAAUUCCCCUUCUCCCAAUAAUGGUAUAAAUGACAAAUUGGAUUCCCUUGUUUCCAAAGAAGACAAAGAAGGCAUGCUUGCUCUUCACAUUUCAGCUAAGGAAGGAAGUGUUGAGGUACUAAAAAUACUCUUUGACUAUGAAAAAAAGAAAGGCAAAGAAAUAUAUCCAAAUAAUCUUAACAAGGUGGACAGAAGAAAAAGGACAGCUCUUCAUCUUGCUGUGUUAAGUGGAAAGAGAGAAGCAGUGAAAAUUUUCUUACAAGAUGAAAUCAAGCAAGAUAAAAAUGGAAACAAGAAUCCCGUAGAUAGAGACAGAAACAGGCAUCUCAUAAAUGUGCAAGAUAAAGACGGAAACACGCCUUUGCAUCUAGCUGCCAUUAAUGGGCAUUAUGGAAUAUUAAUGAUGCUGGCAUUUCACCCGCGAAUCGACCGGAUGGCUAUGAACAACAAAGGGAUGAGUGCUGCUGACAUUAUUCUAUCAGAUGAGCAAGAAGGGAAGGAUAUAAUCUUAUUCGUGCUGAAGACUCAUCACGUUCUUCUGAGUUUGGAAAAAGUGGUUGAGACUAAGAAAGUGAAGAUUGCCGAGACAAAAGAACAUGGAAAAUUUAUUCAAGAAAGAGAGGGGAAUGAUUCUGCAGACAAGGCAGGAACUAGUGCGGUGGAUAGUGCAGAGAAAACUCAGUCGAAUGAUAGCAACGCCAAAAACCCUAUAAAAGAGUUAAUGAAGGAUGUAUUCAAUGUCAAUUCUGUGGUAGCCACACUAAUUGCAGCUGCCACCUUCUCAGCAACCAUGCAAGUGCCUGGUGGAUACGACGGCAACGGCAAGGCAAUUUUAUUUAAAAAUACAUACUUCAAGAAAUUUCUGAUAUUUGACUUCCUGGCUUUUGGUCUCUCACUUUUCUCUGUGGUUGUACAAUUUGGUCAUUCGAUUCUACCUCGAACCUUCAGUUACCAAGUAGUGCUAUUGGUUAUGGCGAGUUUGACUACUUUAUCCGUUGUGUGUUUGAUCCAGGCUUUUAUUGAAGGCCUAAACGCAAUCUUGCCUGAAAAAUCAGCGAUUCCAAACUUCUUGUACGGUUUCUAUGUUCUCACCGUCCUUUAUGUAAUCGUUAAAAUCUAUUAUAGAAAAAAAAAUAUUCUGAACGUCGACAACACCAAAGGCACCAGAGAUGUUCCUUCUGUGAUUUCAGACCCGUUGUUCUAACUUUGAACCCCACAUGCUCUACAUGAGGCAUUUCUUGUCCAAAUGUCAUCAUUUCAUUAUCAAAUUGAAGAGCUUCUGGUCUUAGCAGCUGAGUCUGUCUUGGUCUUGUAGUCUCUCACCACUUGUGAUUCCUUCCCAGUAACCUUUCUCAACUGAUGUGGUUGUUUUUCCUUAAUAACAGAGACAGAGUCCUCUGGCAGAUUGUUUUGUGAUAUUUCUAUCUUUUAAUUCUAUCUGGGUUGAAAUAAGAGAAUACAAUGCGAUUUGGCGUUUCGGCCAGUCUUUGUCUGUACUUGAAAAUAAAGAUAGACUUGAUAUAGUCUAUGUUAGUGGUUGUUCUUGGUGUGUAACGAACUGAUUAUUUUAAAUUUUACAUGAAGUUUCUAUAUGUAUA